AUGCUUCCUCGUGAAGGACAAUUCCCCUACCCUAUUGUUGGAGGCGAUGAACCUGCCAACAGCGCGACACUUGGUACUUUUCUCAAUCAUAUGGCUAUCAACACGAGAAACUUGACAGCAAGCAUUGAGUUUUAUACCGAACUCCUCGGUUUUCGCAAAUUAUUCACCCUCCAGAUCACCAAGACAUACUCCAUCACCUAUCUAGCUCAUGCCCAAGGCGGCAAGAAUGGAACAGGUUAUCAGACGACACUAGAGAUGAACCGCGAGAAGAAUAAUGCACAAGGUCUUCUUGAGAUUUGCUACGUCGAUGUCCCAGUCAAGAACAUUGAGUCUGGAAGGCAGCAUCCCAAUACGUUUGGGCACAUCGGAAUCGUUGUACCGGACAUACAAGCAUUUCAACAGCGGUUGGAUACGUUAUCACAUAUCUCGGUGCUUAAGAGAUCGGGAGAGCCCUUUCUUGAGCUUGACCCAAAUAUUGUGGUUGGUCCUGCAGUAGGGUUGCUGCCCGACAUUGUUGAGCAGCUCGAUGAAGAAGAGAGGAAGGCGAUUGUUCAGAACUUUGGCCAGAGUGUCGAACCGCUCAUCUUUGUCGCAGACCCUGACGGUAACUUUAUCGAAGUCCAACCUCAAGAAGGUGCGGCGCUUGUUGGAUGA